AUGUGUGGCGCGUCGCUUGUGUCCAAGGCAGGUCCUGUUCUUGCGUCCACUCCUGCCCUAGACAGCGACAGAACUGAGUCACCUGGGCCCAUGCUUGAUAAUAAUAAUGCAAGCGGUCCUAUCAGCUUAGAAGCCAUUGAGGGAGUCAAGAUAUCUUUCCGCGGCGGGGGGGAGAAGAUUUUCUACGAACGAUUGAAAGGGUCUAUGACGCAGCGGAAGUGGCUGCUGCAGAAUGCCCCUCCCCCACCCAAGGGACGCCCGCGAGAUGGCAGCGUCUCCGGCGCGGAAGGCGAUGCGGGCCAAAGUGAACGCAGAACAAAGACGGCGGGGAUUGCUGGCCUUGAGCAGCUUGGACUGAGCAGGCACAAGAACAAUGAAUUGCUCAUUGGUAGUGCCUUUGAAGACCUGGAAGCGCUCAUGGCCUCUGCAAAGGAGGUGAUUGCGCUUGCAGAGAGGUUUUCUUUGCAGAAAGGCUCCGGGAACGGCGGCAGCUUCUCUGCGGAGGAGAAUGCCAUCCUUGCGGAGUCGGCAAGUCAGCUUGGCCUUGUGACGACAAAGGACAUGUUGGGCGGCGGCGGGUCAGAAUCCCUCUAUCUCUCAGAGCUAGCGCGCAACCUGGCCGAGUUCCUCACCGACGACACGCGGAGCGUCCUGAAAAAGGCGGGCGGCAUCUUAACUCUAGUCGAUCUGUGGGCCAUGUUCAACAGGGCGCGUGGCGGCGUUGAGCUCGUCAGCCCGCUCGACUUUGAAAAGGCCGCCCGGCUGUGGGAGAGCCUGAAGCUGCCCCUGCGCCUCCGCACGUUCAGGAGCGGCGUCAUGGUCGUCCAGGGCCGGGACCGCACCGACGAGAUCACCAUCAAGGCGCUGCUCACGUGGCUCCAGGACCUUCACGAGUUCCCUCCAGACCGCGAGGUUCUCUGGGACUGGCGGGCGUUUGGCCGGGGCGUUACGGCCCAAGAAGCCGCGGAGCGGUUCGGCUGGAGCCUCGGCGUUGCGGAGGAGGAGCUGCUCAUGGCCGAGGAGCAUGGGGCAUUGUGCAGAGAAGAGGGUCUGGAAGGGCUCAAGUUUUGGAAGAACUACAUAGGCUCAGACCCAGUAGACGAUAAGGAGCCAGAAGACCCUAUAGUCGCGCUGCUAAGAAGUGCUGCACUCAUAUAG